AUGUCGAUGAACAAGAAUGAAAAUGGCCCAAUGCGUUUACGUUGGCCCAUUGAAGAUGUUGUAGCGUUUGCUAAACGCUACGCUCUAACCCACGGUCUUCUUUGUCUUGUUCCGGAUAAUUUAGAUCAAGCAACAAUGGUUCCAUUUUCGCUCUUUCCUAGUCCGUAUUCGUACUCUCAUUUCAAAUUUAUCUGGUCUAUACAAACGGCAUACAAUCGUUUGUAUAAUCGUGUCUCGCUCGACGAUGAUGUCUUAGAAAAAUCACUUUCAUCUGUAAUCCCGAUAGAUGAUUUUAUCGGUCGACUGUGGAGAAUUCAUCGUACUGUUCCACGACGACAACCCAUCCAACUGGACAUCUAUCGAAAUGAUUAUAUGCGUGACACCAAAACCGAUAAGAUGCGUCAAAUCGAAUUCAAUACGAUCAGUUCUGCAUUUGCUGGUUUAACCGGUAUUGUUGCAGACAUACACAAAGCUGUUCUUCGCUAUACUUUGGACAACUGUCAUGUACGUGAGUUGAAGAUUAACGAAGAGAACGCCUCAUCAAAGUCAUCGAUUGAUUUAAUUCUACCAAAUAAUGCGUUAACAAAAUCUGCUGAAGCCAUGGUUAAAGCUUUUGAACUUUAUAAUAAUCCUCAAGCUUGUAUUCUCUUUUUAAUUGUACCUAACGAACGUAAUGUAUGCGAUCAAAAUGCAUUAAUCGAUGCCGUGCAAAAAAUGCAACCGAACAUCCGUUUUUACUCGAAAACAUUCGAACAAUUAAAUGAUGAACUCGAAUACGACGAGAAAACAUUCAAUAUUUAUCUCAAACCAUCACACGAUGAAGUCGCCAUUGUUUAUUUUCGAGCUGGUUACAUUCCUGAUCAUUAUACCAAUGAAAAAUGCUGGCUAGUGCGUGAAUAUAUCGAACAAUCGCGUGCAAUCAAAUGUCCAACAGCUCGCUCUCAACUAGCUGGUUUCAAAAUCGUUCAGCAAUAUUUAACACGUGAAGGUAUUGUUGAAAAAUAUAUCCAUGAUAAAGAUGUAGCUGGCAAGAUUCGUUCAACAUUUGCAUCAAUGUUCACUUUCGACGACGAACAAAUGCGAAAUCAAUAUAUUGAAACUCUCCGUCAAAACCUUCACGAUUACGUUCUUAAACCCAAUCGUGAAGGUGGAGGAAAUAACAAAUAUGAUGACGAAAUCUUACCCAUUCUCCAAAACUCAAAUGAAAAUGAACUAAACAAUUACAUUGCUAUGGAAAAGAUUCGUCCACCUGUUUGCUCGACAUGUCUAAUCAAACCCAAUGGAAAACAUCUCCUACACGUUGAAUGUAUCAACGAGAUCGGUAUCUAUGGAACAAUGGUAACCAACGUGGAGACGAACGAAGAAUACAUCAAUGAAGUCACUGGAUAUUUGGUUCGGACGAAAACAACUGAUACAAAUGAAGGUGGCGUGGCAACUGGAUACUCCGUACUUGACUGUCUCAAUUUUAAUGAAAAUACAAGUGAAUUAGCAAAAAUAUUUUCUCAAAAAGUGUAA